AUGAUCAUGACACCAGAAGAGCACCUCGCUCUUGGAAAGAUCAAUCCGGAGUUGGAGCAGAUCCUCAAAAAGAGCCCCUACGUAGAAAGGCUGUCGAGCACGACCGAUAUCCCGAAGCUCCGAGCCAUGCUGCUGGCGCGAAAGAAGGAAUCGCUUUCAGCAGACGUCGUGCCCGGAGAAGAAGCGAGCUACGUAGAGGAAGACCGCCAGAUCCCCGUCCGCGACGGCAGCACGAUCACCGCCCGCAUCCACAAGCCGAAGCGCCCGCCGGUCGACGGGUGCCCGAUCUUCGUCGUCUACCAUGGCGGCGGAUUCGUGCUCGGCGGGCUGGAGACCGAGACGUUGCUGUGCAGGAGCUUCACCGGCUUGGGAGGCAUUGCCGUAAACGUAGAUUACAGGCUUGCUCCCGAGCACCCGUUCCCUGUCCCUGUCGAGGACGCCUAUGACGCGCUGAAAUGGACGGCAGCGCAUUUCGAGGAGCUGGGGGGCAAUCCCAAGAAGGGAUUCUUAGUUGGAGGCAUCAGCGCCGGGGGAAACUUCGGUGCUGUGCUUUCGCUCUUGUACAGAGAUGACAAGCUCUCGCCACCUCUAACAGGAUCAUAUCUCUCUAUCCCGGCCUGCAUACCGGAGGAGCUCGUACCAGAAAAGUACCAGGCCGUGUACCUGAGCAGGGAGCAGAAUAAAGAUGCUCCGAUUCUAAAUCAGAAUACUAUCGACCUGUUUGAAAGUAAGCCUACCUUCUCAAGAGGAGCAAUGCAUGGUGUUGACUUUUUUUUGGCAGAGCACUACAAACCGGAUAGGAUGUCUCCCCUCCGGACUCCCAUCAUUCAUAAAUCUCAUCGAGGUCUCCCGCCAACCUAUUUCCAGGUUUGUGGACUAGAUCCCCUCCGUGACGAGGCAUUGAUCUAUGAGGAGAUUCUGAGGAAGGAGAAUGGCGUGAAAACUCUCGUGGAUAUCUAUCCUGGACUUCCUCAUGGCUUCUGGGGCUGGUGGACUGCGGCGGACUUUUCUAAAAGCUUCCAGGAAGAUUGUGUUAAGGGCAUGAAGUGGUUGUUAGAGCAGAGCAAAUGA